AUGGCUGUUAUCAAUCAACCAAAUAGUCAGAUUAAACUUACCAAUGUUUCACUCGUGAGAAUGAAGAAGGGAAAAAAGAGGUUUGAAAUUGCGUGUUACCAGAAUAAAGUUCAGGAUUGGAGGCUGAAGGUUGAAAAAGAUCUCGAUGAAGUCCUUCAGAUUCCACAAGUCUUUAUUAACGUUUCAAAAGGACAAGUUGCGAACAACGAUGAUCUACAAGCCGCUUUCAAUACCACAAACCAAGAUGCUAUUAUUCAAGAAAUCCUAAAUAAAGGUGAAAUACAAUUGAAUGAAAAGGAACGGAAUGCCAACUUGCAACAAAAACAAAAUGAAUUCUUGACAAUUAUAUCAACAAAGUGUAUAAACCCUAGAUCGAAAAAGAGAUAUCCACCGUCAAUGAUCGAAAAGGCUUUGAACGAAUUGAAAUUCCACCUCAAUCCGACAAAGACGACAAAGACACAAGCAUUGGAUGCAAUCAAACUCUUGGUUGAAAAGCAAAUAAUACCAAUUGCCAGGGCCCAAAUGAAAAUUAGAAUAUUGUUGACUAAAAAAGGGUAUCAAAAAACAUAUGAAGAGGAAAUUAAACCCAAGAUUGAUCAUUUAGAUGAACUUGAAAAUAAUGGCAAGCAAUACGAAAUCGUGGGUAUUAUUGACCCCAUCAAUUACAAGGCGCUUGUGGAUUUGCUAGAAGGUAAAGACUUGAAGAACGAGGGAUCUAUAGAAGUUUUAGAUAUGUCGGCUACAAGGGACUAA